AUGGCGCGAACAGAGCAGGAGCGCAGUGGAUGCGUCACAGGUUUGUGGUCUCUCUUUCGACCAAAAAAGGCGCACAAGGGCGACAACAAGGUCCACCCGGAAGCCAUGGACGCGGCGGCCUCGAAGCUGAAGGUCCAAGAUCGUGUCUGUGAGGCCGUCUCGGGAGAAGCCAUGGACGCCGCCGCCUUGAAGUUGAAGGAACUCAGGCACGAGCAAGAGCAGGAACAGGAGGAGGAGCAGCGGAUGAAGCCGAUGAAGCAGCAGCUGGAACAAGAGGAGGAGCAGAUGAUCAAGCCGAUCAAGCAGCCUCUGGAACGGGAAGACGAUCAAGAGAAGAUGAAGCAGCAGGAGAAUGACAAGCCCAAGCAGGAGGAGCAGCGACCCAAGCCAAUUCUACUGCCAGCCGGGGGUCGUCGUCCAGGUUCCAGGCCGAAGAUGGUUCGCUUCUCUUCCUCAGCGGAGGACAUUCUUCCCGACGGCACCCGACGGCGGAGUGAAACCCAUCUUAGCGAUGGCCGAGGGGGCUAUGUUGAGUUCGCGUAUCUCGAAGCUUUCCACAAGGCAAACCGGUGGCUAAACCAGAGGGGAAAAACCGAGAAGAAGAUCCGCAGCUUGGAAGAGGAAAAGCGCGAGGAAACAGAAGAGGAGAAGCACGAGGAAAAGUCUUGGAGUGUUAGCGCGCUCCGGAUUCUGAUCAGACUCACCGAGCAGCUUUACGAGGAGCUCAACGGCAAAUCCAGCGACCGAGAGAGGAUCAAGCGAGCGCGGAAGAUGAUGAGGCUCCAGAAAAUGCUGGAUAGGAUCCCGAGUGAGAGGAAACCGUGGAAGAAGCUUCAGUCUGGCGAGGUGGUCUUCGUGAAGGAGGCAAAAGAACUAUAUGAUCGUGCGGGGAGAGAUUUUGUUGCCGAAUUCAAGAGGAGACAGAGAGCUGAAGUGAACGAUGAGUGUUUGUUUUGUCGGAACCAUGAUGGCGAGAAGAUGAUCGGCCGGGCUGGAGCGAACUCUAAGACGACUAGACCCUGGGUUUACCUGAGAAGAGAACACGAGCAAACUGUUCUAAGCACGUCGAAGAAACGAGAGAUGAAGUUGGCUCCGAGCUCGAGAAGUUGGCUGCAAGGAUUGGUCAACUGGAGGCCAGUGCUCGGACUCUAGCAUCGGAGAAGCCAACUCUCAAGAGUCAAAUCCAGAAGUUGGAUCUCCAAGCAAGUUGAGCAGCACAGGAGGAGGCCACUAAAGCUAUAGACCAGUUAAGUCGAGAGAAGAUCGACCUUCUCGAGGACUCGACUCCAAAGAUUUGCAACUGUCCAAGACGUGAAAGCAGUGCGUGACAACCGUGUCUCAGGGCUCCAGGCGGAGAAGUCCAUCACACUUCAGGCGUCUAAACAGGCCAGCGACCAGCCUCCACACUCUUCUAAGUCAAGAGAAGAUCAAUGGAUCAAGUUUGACUACACUCUACAGUGUCUGGAGCAAGGAGGGAUCUAUCUUAUCAGCUUUCCAGUCGACGGAG